AUGGCGUCUGUGUUUCGAAGUGAGGAGAUGUGCUUGUCACAGCUCUUUCUCCAGGUGGAGGCCGCAUACUGCUGUGUGGCUGAGCUCGGAGAGCUGGACUUGGUUCAGUUCAAAGAUCUGAACAUGAACGUGAACAGCUUCCAAAGGAAAUUUGUGAAUGAAGUCAGAAGGUGUGAGUCGCUGGAGAGAAUCCUCCGCCCCAGCUCAGAACUGGCAGUGACUAUUCUGGAAAAACUAGAAGGAGAGAUACAGGAAGCGAACCACAACCAGCAAGAUUUGAAGAAAAACUUCCUACAACUCACGGAACUCAAACAUCUCCUGAAGAAAACCCAGGACUUCUUUGAGACUGAAGCCAACCUAGCUGAUGAUUUCUUUAUGGAAGAUACUUCCGGGCUCCUGGAGUUACGGACCUCGCCCGCAUCGAUGCCUGGGAAGCUGGGGUUCACCGCCGGCGUCAUCGACAGAGAGAGGCUGGCUGCCUUCGAGAGGCUGCUGUGGCGCGUUUGCCGCGGAAACGUCUACCUGAAGUUCAGUGAGAUGGACGUGCCCCUGCAGGACCCUGUCACCAAAGAAGAAAUUAAGAAGAAUAUAUUCAUCAUAUUUUAUCAGGGAGAGCAGCUCAGGCAGAAAAUAAGGAAGAUCUGUGACGGGUUUCGAGCCACCAUCUACCCCUGCCCCGAGCUUGCAGCGGAGCGCAGACAUAUGUUGGCUGAAGUCAACGUGAGGCUGGAAGAUUUAAACAUUGUGAUCACACAGACGGAGUCCCACCGCCAGCGCCUGCUGCAGGAGGCAGCUGCCAACUGGCACACGUGGGCCAUCCAGGUGCAGAAGAUGAAGGCCAUUUACCACACUCUGAACCUGUGCAACAUCGAUGUCACCCAGCAGUGUGUCAUCGCCGAGGUCUGGUUCCCAGUGGCGGACACCGCACGCAUCCAGAGGGCCUUGGAGCAGGGCACGGAACAAAGCGGCUCGGCCAUGGCCCCCAUCCUGACCGCAGUGCCAUCUAAAACGGCCCCUCCCACCUUUAACAGGACCAAUAAAUUCACAGCCGGCUUCCAGAACCUUGUAGAUGCCUAUGGCGUGGGCAAUUACCGGGAGAUGAACCCAGGCCAGAUUUGGAGCACUUUCUUCCACGGGCGCUACCUGAUCCUGCUCAUGGGUAUCUUCUCUGUGUACACCGGACUCAUUUACAACGACUGCUUCUCCAAGUCUCUCAACAUCUUUGGGUCUUCAUGGAGUGUCCGGCCCAUGUUCAGGAACGGCACGUGGAACGAUCACAUCGUGGAGACAAACCCCGUUUUACAGCUGGACCCGGCCGUCCCGGGAGUGUACUCUGGAAACCCAUACCCGUUUGGGAUUGAUCCGAUCUGGAACCUUGCCUCGAACAAGCUGACCUUCUUGAACUCCUACAAAAUGAAGAUGUCAGUCAUCCUGGGGAUUGUCCAGAUGGUGUUUGGGGUGAUCCUCAGCCUCUUCAACCACAUAUACUUCCGAAAAGCAGUCAACGUCAUUCUGCAAUUUAUCCCCGAGAUGAUUUUUAUCCUGUGUCUGUUUGGCUACCUGGUUUUCAUGAUCAUUUUCAAAUGGUGCCAGUUUGAUGUCCACGUGUCCCAGGGUGCCCCGAGUAUCCUCAUCCACUUCAUCAACAUGUUUCUCUUUAACUACGACGACCCUUCGAACAGGCCCCUCUACAAGCAUCAGCGAGAAGUCCAGAGUUUCUUUGUUGUUAUGGCUCUGAUUUCCGUGCCCUGGAUGCUUCUGAUUAAGCCGUUCAUUCUUAGAGCCAAUCAUCGGAAAGCCCAGCUGCAGGCACCCAUGGUCCAAGGAGACUCCACAGAGACUGUUGAGAAUGACAGCUCCAACCACUCUGUCACUUCUGCUCAGAAGGUUUCUGGAGGUGCCCAUGGAGGCCAAGAUGAGCAGGAGGAGGAGUUCAACUUUGGAGAUGUCUUUGUCCACCAGGCCAUCCACACCAUCGAGUAUUGCCUGGGCUGCAUCUCAAACACGGCCUCCUACCUGCGCCUCUGGGCCCUGAGCUUGGCCCAUGCCCAACUCUCUGAGGUGCUCUGGACCAUGGUCAUGAACAUUGGUCUUCGCCAGCAUGGCUGGGGAGGACUCAUUGGGGUCUUCAUCAUUUUCACCGUAUUUGCUGUUCUGACGGUCGCCAUUCUCCUUAUCAUGGAGGGCCUCUCAGCUUUCCUGCAUGCCCUGCGGCUUCACUGGGUGGAGUUCCAGAACAAGUUCUACGUUGGGGCCGGUUACAAAUUUUCUCCCUUCUCCUUUAAACACAUCCUGGAUGGCACAGUGGAUGAGUAG